AUGUUGAGGAACUUGAGACCUGACUUAUUUCAAUCAUCACUUUCGAGACCUUACGCAAACUCUUCACCUUCCCCCCACACGUCUCCCGAGAAAGUAUCAGUAUAUGAUUAUUUUUGUUUGUGUCUUUAUGGGAACAAUAAAACUGCUAUAUUGGCGAACAUAAUUGUAACUGGCCUUGUUGGUCUUAUAUCAGUGGACCUUCUAUAUGCUUGGUACCGAAACGUAUGUAACGAACGUCUUCUCAACGAAACAGUGGAAAAUGGCACUCGACCUGAAGCGGGAGUUUCAAGUGACAAGUUUAUUUCUCGACCUGAAAUUGUAGAACGCCUUAAAAGAAUUUUUCAACCCUAUGAAGAUCAAUCGUAUUAUUACAUGGUUUGCGGUGAACAUGGAACUGGGAAAACUACGCUGACAAGGACUGCAUCGAGUGAAGUUGGACACGGAGUCAUAUACGUUGAUGUUCCUGCGAAUUUUAAUGAAUUAGGUGAAGCUUUCGGAAAGGCCAUUAAUUUUACAUUUGAGGAACGGAUUUCUUUUACGAGACAGCUAAUACGAAAAAUAUUAGAUCAACCUAAGACUUCUGAAUGGGAGAGAGCUCUAAAAGCCUUUAAACGUGCCUCUGCAGUAUACAAAGCAAAGAAUGGCAAACCACCGGUUAUCGUUUACGAUAAUAUUAGUCGAUUGGUUUACAAAAAUCCGGAAAUCCUCGACAUCCUUCAAGAUGAUGCCAAGGAUAAUGCCGAUGACAGAAAAUAUAUCGCUGUGUUUGUCAGCAGUGAAGGUUCGGUGCCUAGAAGAAUGGAAUUGAUGGAAAUCGGUGACCUUAGUAAGGAAGAAUCAAUGGAAUACCUGACUAAAAAGCGCAAGAUUAAUGAAGUAGAAGCGAAAAAUUUAUAUGAAUUGGUUGGUAGUCGAAUUAUAGAGUUGAAGACUGUGGCAGAUGAUUUUGUGGCUGGACAAUCCUUCGAAGUCAUUAGACAGCAAAUCUUAACUAAAGUCGAGAAGAAAUUUGAUUAUGCAAAGCUCCUUCCAGAUCAAGCACUUCACGAAGCAGGAAAGCAUGUUAUCGGUGCAUUGAUUGAUUCUAAGGAGAUUCAUACUAGUGUAUUUAGAAAAUUUAUCGGUGAUGAGAAAUUCGGUGAAGUUUUAGGAGCUAACGUGUUUGCAUAUCAUCCAUCAAGAGAUACCGUGACCUUUCAGUCUCAAUCGAUAGAAUACUAUAUUCAGGAAAACGCUAGUAUAUUCGGUAACACCCAAGAAGGAAAAAGGAAGAUGUAA